CCCACAGUCUUCUCCACAACCACAUCCCAACCAGCAGCGAUCCAUCCAUCCUCCACAAUCAGAGCAAGCGAGCGACCAAGAAACCAUCACAGCGACCAUCAUCUUCUCUGCCUCCAUGGCGGCGCACCAGCAGCAGCAACCGCAGCAGGCGGUGGGGUUCGAGGACUACCUGCCGGUGAUGGCGGAGCGGCUGGGGGAGGAGGGCCUGAUGGAGGAGCUGGCGGCGGGGUUCCGCCUGCUCAUGGACCCGGCGUCGGGCCUCAUCACCUUCCACAGCCUCCGCCGCAACGCGCCGCUGCUGGGCCUGGGCGCCAUGUCCGACGACGACCUCCGCGGGAUGCUCGCCGAGGGCGACUUCGACGGCGACGGCGCGCUGUCCCAGAUGGAGUUCUGCGUCCUCAUGGUCAGGCUCAGCCCCGACCUCAUGGACCAGCCCCGCCGGUGGCUCGACGACGCCGUCGCCCAGGCCUCCCACUUCCUCUUCACCAGCUAGGCGGAGCAUCUGGUGUCGAUCGGAUAGGAAAUUAAUCUUCUUCUUCGUUGUUGUUUUUUCUUCUCUCCCCCGCUGUUCAUAGAGUCAGGAUUCAAGAAAAGAAAGGGCACUGUCGAUUGGUUGAAUGAUUUCGAUGUGUGCUCUCCCGCUCUCUGAUGUUUCCCAUGGGAAUCUGAAUUAAUCGACAUAAGCUUCUAAAUUUUCAGCACAA